GUUGGUUCCGGGCACUGCAUCUGCAGUCUUUAGCACCCACCAAUCUGCACUAGGCCCACUUGGUGGGUCAGGGCCCAGGCUCAUUCCGUACACCCCUAUGUACCUGCAGUGAGGACAUUAAUAAUAAUAAAAAAUAAUAAUGUUAAAUAAUAUAAUAACUGUAAAAAAAUUAUAUUUAGAAAUAUAAUUUUGUAUGUAUAUUUAAUGAAAUAAAGGAAAUAAUAAUAAUAACGAAAUAGGUUCUCAUCACAACAUAACAUAACACAACACAACACAACACAUGCUGCACUUACUUGGUUUCGGCCCGUAAUUGUAGUAAAAACCAGCCAAAGAGCUGAGAAAAAAAACACUAUACAAAUAAUAAUAAUGUUUUAUUUCAGAUACUAGAUCCAUAGAAAUGUUACUAACAAUCAAACCUUAAUAGUUAUUAAUUGACAACUUGCGCGUUGCGCCUGAAAAUUGUUAACAUGGUCAUUCCAUUUCAAUUACCUUUCAAUAAAACCACGGUGACCACGGACGAAGGAUUCCGCUAUAGAACACAGACCCUUUUGUUGCUGGGGCCGACGUCGCGUUGCCAUGGCGACAAAUAAUCAACAUAAAAGUCGGGCGCGUAUUAACGUCCAACAACUCGCGAAUGACCCGCAUAAGGCGAUAAGUAUUCCUGCUCAAUUAUGGAUUUUUCCGAGGACAGUGUGCUAGGCAGGCAGAGUGCGGCGAGGCGGCCGGACGCGCCGCGACCACUGUCUAGGAGGGGGUUUCAGGACUAUACUGGCACCGCCUCGGCUGUAUCCAGGAGUGCAGUCAUGAGACCGACAUCAGCCUACCGGCCUGCAGGCGGAACUGCCUCCAGGAUGUCCACAGCUGGGUUUGGGCCAGCACCGCCCACUGCCAGCAGACAGCCAGCUAUGACAGGAUUUUCUAUGAUAGAUCGACCUAUAACCCAGCAAGGUAUAUCAGGUCUACGUACGGGCACCACUAGAGGUUUUCGCACGAGACAAUUGCAAGAUAAACGGUACUGGGAGGAACUGAUGCAAGUCAAAAUACGCGAGAUGAAAGCAGAAAUUGCGCGCCUGAGCGAACAAGCCGACGCCGGUGAAAGGGAGAAAUCAGCAAAGAAACAUUAUGAAAAACGAGUAAGGGAGUUGGCACAGGAACUGACAGAUUUACAAGGUCGCCUAGCGGACUACAAUACUGCAAUAAGAAUAGUAAACGGGGAAGCCACCAAGCUAUCGGUAGAAGAACAAACGAGAGAACUGGAACUUAGUAACAGAAAAUUACAAGAAGAAGUCGAACAAGUAUUUUUGGAAAAACAAAGAAAAGAAAACCAAUUACGGCAGCUGCGAGAACAAAUGGAUAAGGAACAAUCAACAAUAACAAAGUUGCUGACAGAAAUGACGCAGGAACAGAAAGAUCAAUUCAACGAGUUGGAAGCGACUGCCACGACCCUCAGAGAAGAGGUGGAACAAACGAGAGCACAAAUAGAUCAUCUGAACAGAGAGAAGGAAGAAUUCAAUAAAGAAAUAUCUGGAUCACAGAUUAAAAUGCAUUUGUUAGAGUUGCAUCGUCGUCUAGCUGCGGCUGAGGAAAAAAGAGACAACAUAAAACACGAAUUGGACAACCGUUUGGAUCCACAGGAAGAAAGAGAAAAGCUAUUGCAUCAGGUUCGCGAGGACAAUUCAUCCAUCGCUGCUUUAGACAGUAACUCUGCCAAUUUGAAGGAACAAAUAAAGAAAGUCCAAGAGCUUAUUGAACAAGCAGAACAAGACUUGGAAGAGGGUAAUUCUGAACGCCAUCAGAAAUACAGAGAAUUGAAGAAGAGAGAAGAAACUAUGGAUGCUUUCAUGGCCAGUUACGAAGACAACGUUAAGAAAGAGAAGGAAAGAAUAGCACAAUUGGAAAAAGACAUCGUAUUCUCUUUGGAUCAUAGCAGUUCUAAUAUAGAUUUGGAUUUGAGCGAGAUUGAUAGUCUGAAACAGAAAGAAGGCUACACGGGUUAUGACGACAGUAAAAAAUCUGUUGAUUCCCUCACGAAGGACUAUGAGAGAUUUCUAGCUAAUUUAAAAAAGGCCGAAUCCACACGUGAACGACUUGCAACGGAAUUACAAACUCUACCGGAGAAGACGAAAUUUAUGAAAGAUGAGCUUGUAACGUUGUCCGAUCUAGAACGAUUGAGAGAUGAAGGUGAAGAGCAAAAGAAGGCACUAGAAACGGAAAUGCAACUUCUAAAAGAAAAACUCGCACCCACCGUGAGCGCCGUUGACGAAGCGUCGCAAAAGCUGAAAAAGUUGCAGGAAAGCUUGGAUGGAAACGAAAUGUACGCCAAACUGAACAGUCUCGAAGAACAAAUAGCGCAACUGGAGUCUAGGAAAAUUGUUCUGGAGGAAGACAUUGCUUCUAUAACCCUCAAAGCAGACUACGAACCUCUCAAGAAACAAGCUCUUGAAGAACUAGCGAAUUUAAACAAGAAAAUCAUCGAAGAUUUAAACAGCUCUAAACCUUAUUAAAUUUUAUCUAAAUAGUUCAUAUUUCCGAGGCAUAGGGUUUAUAUUAAGUAAUGUAAAAGUUAAGGUUCAAUAUGUUUUGAAAUAAAACAAAACAGUAUGAUAA